UUUGCUCGGCUCUCUCGCGCAAAUGACCGAAAGGCCCGUUCUCCUCUUCUCUGCCUACUAGGGUUUAGAGUCGGAGGCAGACCCAGAAGGAGGAGAGAAGAGAGAAAAAGAAAGCAGUAAGAAGAAGAAGAAGAAGAAGAAGAAGAUGAGCCGGAGCCUGGGGAUACCGGUGAAGCUGCUGCACGAGGCGGCGGGGCACGUGGUGACGGUGGAGCUCAAAAGCGGCGAGCUCUACCGCGGCUCCAUGAUCGAGUGCGAGGACAACUGGAACUGCCAGCUCGAAAACAUCACCUACACCGCCAAGGAUGGAAAAGUAUCACAACUCGAGCAUGUUUUCAUCAGAGGCAGCAAAGUAAGGUUUAUGGUCAUUCCUGAUAUGCUGAAAAAUGCUCCAAUGUUCAAACGCUUGGAUGCUAGAAUCAGAGGCAAGGGCUCGGCUCUUGGAGUUGGACGUGGGCGGGCAGUUGCUAUGCGAGCUAGGGCUCAAGCUGCUGGUCGUGCUGGUGCUACUGCCGGUAGGGGUGGUGUGCCUCCAGUUAGGAGGUAGUCACCUUUGAGGCCCCGGUUUCCUUGUUGGUCAGACCUUGCUGCCAUGGAGAUCACAUAUGCUUAUUUCUUUAAAUCUCUCUAUAUUAGAAAGGAUGUAAGCACUGACUUGUUUAAUAGAUGUCAGGAAGACAUUUUUUCUGUUCUUUUAAAUCCUCGAGGCAUCUGAUGACCAACAUUCGGAAGUCUAUUGUUGUUAUGGCCUUCAGUACUUUUCUUCAUUGCAACUAGUAGCUCCAAACUUUUAUUGAGCCAGUGUUGUUCCUAAAUUGAUUGUUAAAGUUGCAGAUGCAGUGUUUUGUUGCA